UUUGCUGGCUGGAGGCUGAGCUGGGCCGUCCCAACCCAGAGUUCCUGUGGGGCAGGAUGAUGCGGGGGCUCUGCUCCCAGCUGGCCUUGCUGCUGCUGCUGGUGCUGCCAUCCCCAACGCAGGGUGCAGAGGAGAGUCAAGACCAAACAGUGUUCAGCCGUAUCAUAGGGGGGCAGGAUGCCAAGAAGGGUAACUGGACCUGGCAGGUCAGUGUGCAAGAAGAUGGAGCCCACAUCUGUGGAGGAUCCCUCAUCUCAGCCCAGUGGGUGGUGUCAGCUGCUCACUGCUUCAAUCCCUCCGUGCCCUAUUCCCAAUACCGUCUAGUGCUGGGAGCGCACCAGCUCCUCCCUCUCUCCCCAAAACCAGUCCUGUCCAAGGUGCAGAAGAUCAUCCUCCACCCCAGUUACAAUAGGACGAGCCUUGUUGCUGACAUCGCCUUGGUGAGGCUGAAGAAGCCAGUGAAAUCCACGAAGUUCAUCCGGCCCAUCUCACUGCCGGGGGCCUCCCGCCAGUUUCCUGAGAAGAAGAAGUGUUGGGUCACUGGCUGGGGAAACGUUGAAGUGACCGAGCCUCUCCCACGACCCCAGACCCUGCAGCAGCUGGAGGUUCCCAUCAUCAGUACACGAGACUGCAACAGGCGUUACAACAAACUGAAUCCAAACUCACCUCUGGGUCCACAGAGAAUCAAAAGCGACAUGAUCUGCGCCGGGUACAUGAACAGCCCCAAGGGAUUCUGCAAUGGCGACUCUGGGGGGCCUCUGGCCUGUCAGCAGAACGGCAAAUGGUAUCUGGCCGGAGUCGUGAGCUGGUUUAUGACCAGAAGCGAGAGAGGAAUAGUCUGUUCUGAGCCCAAGUUCCCCGGGGUCUUCACCCGGGUGACAGCCUACAACAGCUGGAUCCAGAAGGAAGUGAACGGUGUGGGCCCUCUGCCAGCGCGUUUCCAGCUGUAAUGAUACUCGCCGUGCUCCUCCUCACAGCCCUGUGAGCCAUGCACGGACCUGUCCCUGGGACUUCCAGGCCAACCCCCCUCAGGAUGUCUAUAGACCCCCCCCUUUGACACCGGGUGUGGGCCCCGCGUUGCUGGGGUCUGUGGGACGCAGCUGGGAGAUGCUGGUGGAUGGAAGCACAGGGGUGCUAUGGGGAGGUGAGGGCAGAGGGUGGGGGGUUAUAUCCAGCCUUUCCUGCAGCUCUUCAGCGCCCCCUGGGGGUGACUGGGAAGCCGACGGGGACAGGCCCUGCAGCCGCUUUUAUCCCAUGAAUUGUGCUCUGAAAAUCA